CGCCUUGGCUCGUCCCUUCCCGCACCCGCUGCCGGGGCGGGCUCCGUGCAGGCGGGCCGAGCGGCCGGGAAGCGCCGCUCCCAGCGAGCCGGGGACUCCGGGAGGCCGCGGGAGACGCCGGCCGCCCGGGGCGCGGUAAAGGCCUGGCCGCGCCGGGCGGGGGCUGGGCGGGGAAGCGGCGCUGGUCCGGCGCCUCGCGACCAGGAGGACCGGGCUGGGCCGCUGAGUGGUGGGCAUUCUGGCAGCUUCCCCACCUUGGUGCCCGAGACCAGUGGAAACGAGGAGAGCUGUUUGGGACCCACUGGCCGGCCCAAGAGCAGGAUAGAGGGUGGCACUAAGGCCGUCUGGCUUCUCUCCCAGAAUGAGAUGGGGCCGCCAUUUGCCCAGGGCCUACUGGGGCUCUGGUCUGGGAAGAUCACCACCACCCCCAGGCGAUUGUACCUCCUCCCUGGUCCGCCGGAGCUGGCCCCUUAAAGGGGAGCACCCCCUUGCGCCCCCUAGGGCCUUUGCACGCCACCGUGGGAGCUCAGCUGACAGUGCUCCCCCACCAGGGAGGCACGGACAGCUGUUCAGGAGCGUCUCAGCAGCUGAGGCCAUCCAGCGGCACCGCCGGAACCUGGCUGAGUGGUUCAGCCGGCUGCCCAGGGAGGAACGUCAGUUUGGGCCAACCUUUGCGCUGGACACAGUUCACGUUGACCCUGUGAUCCGUGAGAGCACCCCCGAUGAGCUCCUGCGUCCACCUGCCGAGCUGGCCGUGGAGCAGCAGCCGCUGCUACCGGGGCCCCCGCCGCUCGCCCUGUCUCAGCUCUUUGAGCCAGAUGCCUGCGGGCGCCGGGUACAGACUGUGGUGCUCUAUGGCACGGUGGGCACAGGCAAGAGCACGCUGGUGCGCAAGAUGGUUCUGGAUUGGUGUUACGGGCGGCUGCCAGCCUUCGAGCUGCUCAUCCCCUUCUCCUGUGAGGACCUGUCGUCCCUGGGCCCUGCCCCAGCCUCCUUGUGCCAACUGGUGGCCCAGCGCUACGCGCCCCUGAAGGAGAUUCUGCCCCUGAUGGCUGCAGCCGGGUCUCGCCUGCUGUUUGUGCUCCAUGGCCUGGAGCGGCUCAACCUCGACUUCCGGCUGGCGGGCACAGGGCUUUGUAGUGACCCCCAGGAGCCGGGGGCACCGGCUGCUGUCAUCGUCAACCUGCUACGCAAAUACAUGCUCCCCGAGGCGAGCAUCCUGGUGACCACACGGCCCUCUGCCGUCGGCCGCAUCCCCAGCAAGUACGUGGGCCGCUACGGAGAGAUCUGCGGCUUCUCUGAUACCAACCUGCAGAAGCUCUACUUCCAGCUCCGCCUCAACCAGCCGGACUGUGGGCACGGCGCGGGGGGAGCCGGUGUCUCAGCCACGCCCGCUCAGCGCGACAACCUGGUGCAGAUGCUCUCGCGGAACCUGGAGGGCCACCACCAGAUCGCCGCCGCCUGCUUCCUGCCCUCCUAUUGCUGGCUCGUCUGUGCCACCUUACACUUCCUGCAUGCGCCUACGCCUCCCGGCCAGACCCUCACCAGCAUCUACACCAGCUUCUUGCGCCUCAACUUCAGUGGGGAGACGCUGGACAGCACCGACCCCUCCAAUCUGUCCCUGAUGGCCUAUGCAGCGCGAACCAUGGGCAAGCUGGCCUACGAGGGCGUGUCCUCUCGCAAGACCUACUUCUCGGAGGAGGACGUCCGGGGCUGCCUGGAAGCCGGCAUCAGGACGGAAGAGGAGUUCCAGCUGCUCCACGUCUUCCGCCGGGAUGCCCUGAGGUUCUUCCUGGCCCCGUGUGUGGAGCCGGGGCACCUGGGCUCGUUCGUGUUCACUGUGCCCGCCAUGCAAGAAUACCUGGCCGCCCUCUACAUCGUGCUGGGGCUGCGCAAGACCACCCUGCAGCGGGUGGGCAAGGAAGUGGCCGAGCUCGUGGGCCGUGUCGGGGAGGACGUCAGCCUGGUGCUGGGCAUUGUGACCAAGCUGCUGCCGCUGCGGAUUCUGCCCGUGCUCUUCAACUUGCUCAAGGUGGCCCCGCGAGUGUUCGGCCGCGUGGUGGGGAAGAGCCGGGAGGCAGUAGCCCAGGCCAUGGUGCUGGAGAUGUUUCGGGAGGAGGACUACCACAACGAUGACGUUCUGGACCAGAUGGGCGCCAGCAUCCUGGGCGUGGAGGGCCCCCGGCGCCACCCGGACGAGCCCCCCGAGGAUGAAGUCUUUGAGCUCUUCCCCAUGUUCAUGGGGGGGCUGCUCUCUGCGCACAACCGGCUCGUGCUGGCUCAGCUCGGCUGUCCCAUCAAGAACAUGGACGCCCUGGAGAACACUCAGGCCAUCAAGAAGAAGCUGGACAAGCUGGGCCGGCAGCCGCUGCCCCCCUCGGAGCUCCUUGACCACCUGUUCUUCCACUACGAGUUCCAGAACCAGCGCUUCUCCGCGGAGGUGCUCAGCUCCCUGCGCCAGCUCCACCUGGCCGGGGUGCGCAUGACACCCCUCAAGUGCACGGUGGUGGCGGCUGUGCUGGGCAGCGGGAGGCAUGCCCUGGACGAGGUGAACUUGGCCUCCUGCCAGCUGGACCCUGCCGGGCUGCGCACACUCAGGCCCGUCUUGCUGCGUGCCCGGAAGCUGGGCCUGCAACUCAACAGCCUGGGCCCCGACGCCUGCAGGGACCUCCGAGACCUGCUGCUGGACGAACAGUGCCAAAUCAGCACGCUGCGGCUGUCCAACAACCCGCUGACAGCUGCAGGUGUCGCCCUGCUCAUGGAGGGGCUGGCGGGAAACACUUCGCUGACACACCUGUCCCUGCUGCACACCGGCCUUGGAGAUGAGGGCCUGGAGCUGCUGGCUGCCCAGCUGGAUAGAAACCAGCAGCUGCAGGAGCUGAACGUGGCCUACAAUGGCGCUGGCGACACCGCGGCCCUGGCCCUGGCCAAGGCUGCCCGGGAGCACCCGUCCCUGGAGCUGCUACACCUCUACUUCAACGAGCUGAGCUCCGAGGGCCGCCAGGUCCUGCGGGACCUGGGGGCUGCUGCUGGAGGCGGCGCCCGGGUGGUGGCUUCUCUGACAGAGGGGACGGCAGUGUCUGAGUACUGGUCCGUGAUCCUCAGCGAAGUCCAGCGGAACCUCAACAGCUGGGAUCGGGCCCGGGUCCGGCGCCACCUCGAGCUGCUGCUGCGGGAUCUAGAAGACAGCCGCGGGGCCACCCUCAAUCCUUGGCGCAAGGCCCAGCUGCUGCGGGUGCAGGGCGAGGUCAGAGCCCUUGUGGAGCAGCUGGGAGCCCCCGGAAGCUGAGCGCCAGUGCCAGCAGGCACCCCAGCUUGUGACCACUGGCCCCGAACCCCUUCCCUCUGUGGCCUCCUGGCUUGGACCACCCCUUCUAGAAGGAGCCCUUCAAGGCUGGAGGCAAAGGAAUGGGCAGAGCUAGGCCAGCUGCCCUCCUGGGAGCUGCCCAGUCAGUGCCCCCAAGUCUUGAUGGCUUGGCUUGGAGCUGCACAUGCCUCCUCUCCCUUUAGGGUGGCUUGAUUGCCCCGUGGCACUGCCACCAAAGCUUGUCUCUCUCCCUCCUCUCAGGGAGCCUCUGAUUGGGCCAUACUUCUUACAUUGGCCAUGCCCGGGGUGUUGGGAGGGCCUGGGCCUGCCUCUUGCCCCUCUGUGGACACUGUUGGUGCUCACACACUGGUGCUCCCCCUCCGCCCUCAUGGUACUGAUGUUGCCCAGGGCAGGUGUAGCCAGCUCGCUGCUAGUAAAAAGCCGUGUGUCUUCCA